CGCAGGGCUGGUCACAGCAGCGGGGUCCCAGUUGGGCAGACAUGUGAGGGUCUCUUGUCCCUUUGCCAGGGGUUGGAAUGCUCUAGCCGUGGGGCUGAGGCCCCUUUGCAAAUCCACCCCCUGGGAAGACAACUUCUGGAGCUGGCGAAGGGGGGUGGGUUUGUUGUGCCAGGGCAGGGCUGGGAGGCAGGACUUCUGGGUUCUGGCUCUGGGAGCAGAGGGCUGGAGUAGUUAGAGCAGUGGGGGCCGGGCGGGACCCAAGGACUCCUGGGUUCUAUUCCCUGCUCUGCUACUGACUCACUGAGAGACCUGGGGUAGGAUAGUCCCCUCUCUGUGCCUCAGUUUACCUCCCCGAUCUCCCCCCAGCCCGUAGGGGACAGUACUCGCUGCUGCUGGGGGUGGUGGGGGAGCCCUGGCUCCUCUGCCCUUGUGAUAGCCCAUGAUGGUUCCAUCUGAGCCUGCCCCUGUGUGUCUUGCAGGGCUCCCAUGCCUGGACGCCGGAGUUAGCGUGGCCACAGCAGCCUGGAUGCAGAUGGAGCAGGCUGGAGGCACCAGGGCUGCCCCCCUAGUGCAGCCUGGGGGCCCAGAGCCCACCCCAUUGUGGGCGCUGCAGCCUGCCGAGCUCUCUCUCGCCCCUGGCGGGCCAGCAGCAGUGACAGCCUUUUCCAGGACCAUACGCCUGUACAGCAGCCCCGUGCCUGGGGGCAGCGCCCCCUCCAGGCCCCUGGUGGUGCUGAUGCCCUGGUUUGGCGCCCGGCCCCGCUCCAUUGCAAGGUACCUGGAGCUCUAUCUGCCGCGCGGCCUGGACGUGCUGGUGGUGGAGAGUGACCUGAGCCACUUCCUAUGGCCCCGGCACGGGCUGGCCUACGCGGCCUGUGUGCUGGGCCUGCUCCGGGACAGCCAGCCCUUCUGCUCCCACCCACUGCUUGUCCAUGCCUUCUCCAUCGGCGGCUACACCUUCGCCCAGAUGAUGGUGCACAUGAGCCGGGAGCCGCAGCGGCACCGGCAGCUGGCAGAGAGGAUCCGGGGCCUGGUCUACGACAGCCUGGUGAUGGGCAGCGUGGGGGACAUGGCGCUGGGCGUGGCUCAGAUGAGCAGCUCGGCGGCCUUCCGGCCCCUCGUCAGGGGAGGCACCAGGCUCUACUUCAGCCUCUUGCGCUGCUGCACUGUGCGGUACUACAAAGCGGCCCAGGGCGUGGUCUCCCGGCCGCCGCUUCGCUGCCCCGUCCUGCUCUUCUACUGCUGCAACGACCCCCUGAGCGACCCCACCCUGGUGCAGGAGCUGCUGGAGAGCUGGAGGGGGGCGGGGAUCCAGGUGCAGGCCCAGGGCUGGCAGGACUCGCGCCAUGCAGCCCACCUGCGCCAGCACCCCCAGGAGUACCAGCAGGUGCUGCAGGGAUUCCUGGAGCAGCUGGACAUGGCCCUGCUCCGAGCCAGGCUCUAGCAGCCGGGGCUGGGUUGGCCCAGGAGCCCCCCCUCACACGGCCAGGGUGACAUGCAGCUGCUGCUGCAGCCUGAGCCCUGCUCUCCCCUGGCAGGCAGGGUGCUCCUGCCCUCACAACAUCCAGCCUCCAGCUGUGCCAUUCGCCUUCCUCCGCUAGCUCGGACACAGGAUCCUGCCCUGCCAUGAUUCCACAGUGCAGCUGCCACUGGUCCUCCAGCCACGUGCCCUAGCCCUGCUCAGGCAGGCCCUGGGCCCAGU